AAAAAACAAUGUUUUCAUAACAUAUGAUAUUUUGAAUGUUAAAUAAAAUUAUUUAUUUAUUUUUUGAUAACUAUAUUUGUGGCCAACUAUUUGUAGUAUACGGCAGCGCGACCCGAUAGUGUGGUGAUCGGGUGGUGACCACAGCAAAGGAUAUGACAACACAACAAAUAUCAAUUGGCAAAGACUUGUUUGAUAAGUUGGUCGCCGAUAACAAACGACUGGUUCGCGAGUUGGCCGUCGAAAGACAGUUGACCGAUGUUUUGGACAAUUACAGACAGUUGGCGCUCGACUGGCGCUAUCAAUGUGUUUGUCCGAAAUCAGAUGCAUUGGUUGAGACGGCCGACAGUCUGGACUCAAUGUAUAGGCAAGCAAUCGACAAGAAGUCUCAGAUCGAGAUGACGUCCAAAACGGGUCCCAAGAAACAAAAACCUGGCCGACCGUGGAGGACGGGCAGGUCGUCAAAGAUGAUCGUAUUGUCCACUGGCGAUGGUGAUGAUAAUGGUGGCCAACCAUAUGCGGUCAGCCGUACUGUUGACAACAAUAAUGAUGAUGACGACGACGAUGACUAUACUAUCUCUGUCGGCGACCAAUUAGACACCGAACGACAGCAACCUCUGGUCAACGAUCCGUUAGUUGAUUGCGAUGAUGGAGGAGUAGGAGGAGGACAGCUAUCUAUAAUAAGCCGCAAUCUAUCCGAUACUGGACUCCCAAGUAGACAAAAUAUAGCCGCAGGUAAUCACAGUAUCGGUAACGGCAGCGGUGGUCAAUCGGAUUUUGUAUUCAUUACCGAUCUGUUAUUGAGACAACAAAAAUCACGGGAAACCAACAAUGCUUUGAAAACGGUUAUCACAAAAACGCCGCAACCACCGCCACCAGCAAUUAGUUUGCCACUAAAGAGACCGUCUAUCAAAAGAUCUGUGACCGCAAUAAUCGGCGAUAAAUCUAUUAGUGGACAACCGUUGCAAUCAUCAUUGCCUUCGUCAUCAUCAUCUGCAUCUAUAUCGUCAUCAAUAUCAUCACUUAACAAUAUCAGGUCUCAUAAACCGAUGACGAUGAUGACCACCAAGUCGAGACAUGUGCGGCUGAGAAGCACUGUCCACAAUGUAAUGGCCACCACUAUUAUUACCGCAGCCGCCGCCGCUACCGCCACAACAACAAAAGCUACCGAUAUUUCUGAUAAUUAAUUGAGUCAAA